UGUCGAUGGAGGGAAGUUCAUUCGAGGGCGAUUGCGAGUUCUCUUCUCCCCAAACUCUUGUUUUGGUUGGAAGAAAGGGCAAUGGCAAAAGCGCCACUGGGAACAAUAUUCUUGGAACAAAAAUAUUUAAAUCUGAGCGCCGUUCAUCUGGUGUUACAAGUACUUGUGGGUUGAAAUCAACAAUAUUGAAAGAUGGCCGGAGGAUAAGCGUGAUAGAUACACCUGGGAUUUUGAGUUCUUGUGUUGAUACUGAAUUUGCUGAGGAGAUUAUCAAUAUGGUUAUUGGGAAUGGCAUUCAUGCAUUUCUAGUCGUCUUGUCAGUUCGCAGUCGGUUUUCAAAAGAGGAAGAAGCUGCAAUAAGUAGACUCUUGUCAUUUUUUGGAAGUAAAGUUUAUGAUUACAUGAUUCUUGUUUUUACUGGAGGGGAUUAUCUUGAAAAAGAUGAUGAGACUUUGGAAGAUUUCUUGCAUGAUUGUCCUGAAAAGUUAAAGGAAAUCCUAAGCCUGUGUGAGAAUCGUUGCGUCCUUUUUGACAACAAGACGGAAGAUCAAACUAAAAGAUCAGAUCAAGUGGAGAAACUUUUUUCAAUUGUAAACAUGGUGUCAAUAAAGAAUGAUGGAAAAUUAUACAACAAUGAGAUGUUUACUGAAUGGAAGAAAGAAACUAAGGAACAAGCUCCAAAUUCCCAACUGGAAAUAUCAAUCUCGGCAGAUCUGAUGCAUGAAGGGGAUUAUAAGCAAAUAUAUGAAAUGGUAUAG